CAUUCAUUGAUUCAAAAUGCACAACUUGUCAAAACAAGUCCUUGAGAAUAUACUCCUCCAAGUUUGUGGGAGCCACCCCACUUAUAUUUUGCCAGCUCACUAAACUACCCUUCAAAAAGCACCCAAAAUUUCUUCUUUUAAGUAUCCAUACACCAAGAAAAAAGAAAAGAAUAUCAAUCUUUUCUUAAGCAACAAUGGAUUCUUCAUGGGAAGCUAGUGUUACAGAUUCCAUAAAUGCCAUUUAUCUUUUAUUCUCAGCUUACUUAGUAUUUAUAAUGCAAUUAGGUUUUGCCAUGCUAUGUGCAGGCUCAGUCAGGGCGAAAAACGCCCUGAAUAUUAUGCUUACCAACGUCGUUGACGCGGUUGUUGGUAGCCUUUCUUAUUACCUUUUCGGUUUUGCUUUUGCUUUUGGCGAGUCAUCGAAUCCAUUUAUAGGCACUAGUUAUUUUGCACUUAAAGAUAUUCCUUCAAGUUCUUAUGACUAUAGUUUCUUUCUUUAUCAAUGGGCUUUUGCUAUUGCUGUAGCUGGUAUUACUAGUGGAUCAAUAGCUGAACGUACACAAUUUACAGCUUAUCUUUUUUUCUCAUUUUUUCUUACUGGUUUUGUUUAUCCUGUUGUUGCACAUUGGCUUUGGUCUUCUAAUGGUUGGUUAAGUCCUAAUUCAAGUUCUUUAUUAUUUGAUUCUGGUGCUAUUGAUUUUGCUGGUAGUGGUGUGGUUCAUUUGGUUGGUGGGAUUGCUGGUUUUUGGGGUGCAAUUAUUGAAGGACCAAGAGUUGGAAGAUUUGAUGCAUUUGGUAAACCUGUGAAAAUGAGAGGCCAUAAUGCAACUCUAGUUGUGCUUGGAACAUUUUUGUUGUGGUUUGGAUGGUUCGGGUUUAACCCGGGCUCGUUCAACAAGAUUCUUGUCCCGUACCCACAUAUGGUCGACCAAGGUAACUGGACCUCCGUGGGCCGGACCGCGGUCACAACGACGCUGGCAGGCUCCACGGCGGGGAUCGUCACCUUGUUCGGUCGUAGGAUACUGGUGGGACAUUGGGAUGCAAUGGAUGUAUGCAAUGGAGUCCUUGGUGGGUUCGUCGCGAUCACUUCAGGUUGCUCAGUGGUUGAACCAUGGGCUGCAAUUGUGUGUGGGUUCUGUGCAGCUUGGGUUCUAAUUGGACUCAACAUUUUAGCGCUUAAAUUCAAAUUCGAUGAUCCGUUAGAGGCAGCACAAUUGCAUGGAGGGUGUGGAGCUUGGGGUUUGAUUUUUACAGGGUUGUUUGCUAAAGAAGAAUUUGUAUUACAAGCUUAUAAUGCUGGUAAAACACAAACUAUACGACCUUCCGGGCUAAUUUUAGGAGGCGGAUGGGGUUUAUUCGGGGCACAAAUAGUUGAACUUUUGAGCGUUGUUGUUUGGGUAAGUUUGACAAUGGGGCCUCUAUUCUAUCUACUUCAGAAACUUGGAAUUCUGAGGAUAUCGUCAGACGAGGAGGUUGCUGGUCUUGAUAUCUCGAGUCAUGGAGGUUAUGCCUACGAUGCUAGUCAAGAAGAAAGCGGUCAUCGCUUCUAUGGUGAGUAUUUAAGGAUGCAACACCAAUGAUAAGAUUAAGCAGCACCGCAAAAUUGUUAUUUUUUCCUAAGCCAACUUGUGCACACCUCAGCUAAAAGAUUGCUUUUAUCCAAUGUAUUUAUUAUGCAACUUUGUAAUUUUCCCACAACUUUGCUGUAUUUGGGGGCUUCAAGGGCGGCUGAAGGGUAAGAGGCUGCUCAAGCCAUGGCUUUAGGCCCCAAAUUCUGAAAGUUCCAAAAUACUACUCCAUACUCUAUUGUUUUGUAAUUUAUGUAAUUAUAUUAAUAAGAGAUUCCAAAUUUUAACA